AUGGCUGACCCUGCACAACAUCCCAAUUUAAACCUAACUCCCGAAGAGAAACGAGUGUUUUACCAAUUGUUCCAAACCGCAGAUAAGACCAAUUUGGGUGUCAUCACCGGGGAAACGGCUGUUUCGUUUUUUGAGAAGACGAACCUGGCUCCCGAGACCCUGGGUUUGAUAUGGCAAAUCGCGGAUACACAGAAUCGCGGGCUUUUGACGCCAUCUGGGUUUGGGAUUGUGAUGAGAUUGAUCGGUCAUGCGCAGGCUGGCCGGCAUCCAACAGAGGAAUUGGCUUUACAGCCUGGCCCCUUACCUAAUUUUUCCGGCCUGAACAUAGACGUUCCAACUGCGACGAGUCCGCCCCCAACCGGUCCGCCUCUUAGAGUACCGCCGCUAAACCCAGAUGAUGUUGCAAAGUUCUCUGCCCUUUUUAAUAAGUCAGAUACGCAAAACGGAUAUAUAUCAGGAGAGACUGCAAAGCAAAUAUUCGAGAGAGCCCGUUUGCCAAAUGAGAUCCUGGGCAGAAUAUGGAAUCUAGCUGAUUCAAUGCAGCGUGGUGCCUUAGACGCUACUGAAUUUAUAAUUGCCAUGCACCUUUUAACCGCUUAUAAAUCGGGUGCUUUAAGAGGGAUACCUCAGUCACUUCCACCAGGGCUGUAUGAAGCGGCAGCGCGGCGAGUAGUUGCCCGGAACUCAACUGGCUCUCGGUCCAUUCCAGAUGUGCCGCCAGUGCCUGCCAUUCCUAAGCAAUUCAGUGGUUCGAGCCAUGUCCCCCGUGCACAGAGUCCGUUAAGCCAGGUACAUACAGGAAGUGACUGGCUAAUCUCUCCACAGGACAAAGCACAUUUUGAUAGUGUGUUUUCAACAGUAGACAAAGCAAGAUCUGGGUAUAUUAAUGGAGACCAGGCUGUUGGUUUCUUUACUAAUGCACGACUGCCAGAAGAAGUCCUAGCACAUAUCUGGGAUCUAUCAGAUAUUGACUCUGAUGGCCAGCUAAGCAGGGAUGAAUUUGCGGUUGCUAUGUAUCUGGUGCGCCAGCAGCGGACAACAAAGGAGCCGCUACCACAAACUCUGCCCCCUAACCUGAUCCCUCCUAGUAUGCGACGCAUUGGUGCACGCACUAUCCAGCCUCAGACAACUGGAGCUAGGUCGGCGUCUGAAGACCUGUUUGGCCUAGAUGUUUUCACGGCUCCUACGCAGGUGGCACAGUCUACAGGAGGCUCUGGCUCGCAGUUCCAACCUCCUUCUUCACCAACACGCCAACCCCCGUCCUCUACAUUUAAGCCCUUUGUGCCAGCAUCUUCCUUUGGUCAGAGCCUAGGACCUAUCGCUGCUGGUCGCCCUGCAACAGGAGCUCAAAGCACUACGCCAUCUCCAUCUGAUGACCUCCUAGGAGAUGCGGAUCCUGAGGAAAGCAAGAAGUUGACUCAGGACACGACCGAUCUCGCAAACCUCUCGAACCAGGUUGGCACGCUUUCCAAGGAGAUGCAAAAUAUCCAAACCAAACGCAGCACUGCCGAACAAGACAUUGGUCAGGUUGAUCAACAGAAGAAGGACUUCGAGGCCAGACUUGCACAAGCUCGAGCGAUGUAUGAAAAUGAAGUCAAGUCACUCAAAGCGCUCGAGGAACAGCUAGCUACCUCGCGGGCAGAGUCCAAGAGACUCGAGCAGGAAUUUUCCCUUAUCGAGGCGUCUCGACGCGACUUGGCUACUCAGUACAAUCAAGUGGCCGCCGCUCUGGAGGCUGACCAGCGCGAAAACGCUUCUUUGAAGGAAAAGAUCAAGCAGGCUAAUGCUCAGACUACCCAGCUUAAACCACAGUUGGAGAAGGCCAAAUCUGAGGCACGCCAGCAAAAGGGGCUGGUGGCCAUCAAUAAGAAACAGCUUGCGACUGUUGAGGCUGAACGGGAUCGCCUUCAGGAAGAGCUCGACCAACAUAGCCAGCCAAACGAAGGGUCAGAACGGGAUGUCACUGCUCCUGGCUCUCAUAACUCACCAUUUGAAAGCCCAGCUGCAUCAACGGGCAGUCAGGCAAAGAACCCCUUCUUUAGGCGUGGAACCGGUGUCUCCUCUCCUGGCACUCUAUCUCCCCAGGCUACUGGUCAAAAACAGCAACCAAAUGACAACCGCAGUGUUUUUGACAAUAUGUUUGGAUCCUCCUUUGCGCCAUCAACUACGUCUACUCCACCCCCACAAACUACUUUCAGAGCCGCGUCUCCUCGAAGUGGAGCGUCCACCCCUGACGCUAGCAGAAAUGCAAGUGGUUCCUUUACUCCUUCUGCUGCCUUCGAUACUCAGUUUGGGGCUGCCGCUGAGCCGCCAGCGCCACCACUCUCAAGACAAAUUACCCCAAACAACCUUCCUCUUGAAGGCCACAUAGCAUCCACAACUUCAUCCAACAGACCCUCUCCACCUGCCAGUCGUUUUGACACCUCGGGGAUUUCAGAGGCAGAUGCUUUAAGAAAGCAAUCCUCUCCUUUUGACGAAGAGCCUGGUGAUGAGGCUGCUGGCCCCGCAGGGGUUACCGCGAAGAGCCCAGAGCCCGUUCUUCCCGGCGCAUUCCCAACAAACACCACACCACAACCUGAUACCAAGAAGGAAAUCAGCUUCGAUGAACUCUUCGGUGGUGUGGCACAUGCCAGAUCUCCGUCCCAGAAUGCCUCGGAUUUUGAGGAAGCAUUUGCCUCCAUGAAGAAGCCAGCUGGAAGUACAGAGGUUGACAAAGACAAAUCCAACGGCUCUGCUGCUGUUGCUGGUAGUAAUGAAUUUCCACCGAUUAGGGAAUUUGACGACGAUGAUGACUCUUCUGAGGAUGACCAUGCUGGAUUCGAUGAUGAUUUCGCCCCUGCAUCUCCGCCCCGAGACACUGCUUCCACUUCACAAGAACAGUCUAAGAACGCAGCUCCGCAGUCCGCUUUUCCUCCAGUGGAAUCGCUUGGCAAGCCUAUGUCUCCACCACCUGGACCAGGCGCCCAAAAUACACCCCCAGAGUUCAAAGGGCUAGUCCCAGGAAGACAUGAUCCUACCGCAGCAGGUGAUGCACCCCAUUCAGUCGAGUCAACAACAAAAGAUCCCAUCAUAGGAGGCGUUCCACAGCACGAUACUACUAAUAAGAAGCCAACAAACCCUGAUUUUGAAGCUGCCUUUGCUGGACUGGAUCUAGCCCCAGCCCAAGAAGUUGAAGAUGAUAGCGAUGAAGAUGCGUUCGAGAGUCCGUUUAACAAGGACGCAUCCAACUUCGAUAUGUCGUUUGAUACAACAUCUGGACAAACCAAGUCUGCAAAUAACCCCAGCAAUGCAGACUUCUUCUCCUUCCAGCCAAGUGCCGAUGCGACAACUUCCGCCAACAACAAAUCUCCAUUCUCCAGCGAGGCGCCUCCAGCUGUCCCUGGAAAGAACGCCAGCUCAAACCAUGACUGGGAUGCUCUGUUUUCUACCCUUGACUCAACUAAAGCCGCUGCAACUGCAAACAAGGACGGUGACAAUCAAGCGGCAACCGAAAGCGCUUCAGCCAUGUCGUUCCCACAGCCUCCGAGCCAGAAUAAACCUGCUGGAUGGGCCUUGGAUUCCAGCACUGGUGAAGACGACAUGAUCCUCCAGCGAUUAACCGGCAUGGGCUACCCACGCGACGAAGCCCUUGCUGCCUUGGAGAAGUUUGACUACAAGCUUGAUGAAGCGGCUGAUUUCCUUGCUUCAAAAUCAUGA